UUGAUAUGGAUCAAUCGCACUCAUUGAAUAAACGCUGAUAGUUCUUUUACUAUAAGCGUAAGUUUAUGAGUGGAUCGGUUUUGUAUCGUACGCACUGAUUAGUUACUGAUCACUGUUUAUAUUUUUGUGUAUUAUAUUUAUAAUAUUGAUGAAAAGUGAUGAGUGCGAAGAGGAAUGGUGGUCAUAUGGAAAGCUUUCUGGAAGAGAAGCCAGAGGAAUUCAAUCCAUUUUUCCGGCAACUCUUAGCAUCCAUUGGACCGAUCCUGAUCAUCAUCUCUAACGGAAUCGUGUGCGGAUAUUCGGCGAUACUUCUUCCUCAAUUGGACAGCCCCACGAGUCCCAUACAAAUCAACAAAAAUGAGCAAUCUUGGAUCGCGAGCAUGGCGCCUUUGCCAAUGGCGCUCGGAUGCUCGCUGGUUGGCUGGGAAAUGGACAGAUUUGGCAGGAAGAUCAGCCUAAUUUUGAACUCGGUUGUGCUCAUCCUAGGCUGGAUCAUCAUCUAUUUUUCGACUUCGGUGGUUUACCUUCUCAUUGGACGCGCCAUUACUGGCUUCUGCAUUGGCGGUACCAGUCCGGUGGCUUCUUGCUACAUGGCCGAGGUGACCUCGCCUAAAUACAGAGGAUUGUUUCUUUCCUGCUUCGGAUCUGGCAUCGCAUUUGGUUUAUUUCUUCCACAUUUAUUCGGCACUUUCUGGUCGUGGAACACCACUUCACUUCUGGUUACCAUUUGUCCCAUAAUUUGCAUAAUACUGAUGCCCUUCAUACCCGAAUCGCACGUCUGGUACUUGAAUAAAAAUGAUAUCGUUAAUGCCAAAAAGGCGUUCCAUUGGUUCCGCGGUUCACAAUCGGAAGAAGAACUUGAAGCGAUCCUCGACACGCAAAGCAAAUGCAUCAAGAGAAGUUUUAGAGACUCCUACAAGGAUUAUCUAAAACCAACAUUCUAUAAACCGCUGAUGAUCUUGAACUUGCUCUUCAUGACCGUUCAGUUCUCCGGUAACAACGCUGUUAUAUUUUACUCGGUCAGCAUAAUGCAGGAAACCGUAAAGUCUUUAGAUAAAUACGCCGCGAUGUUAAUUGUAGAUGUGAUCAGGGUGAUUAUCUCGCUGAUUGCCAGUGGGUUUAUACAAAAGUACAAAGUGAGACCACUAAUUAUGAUUUCGGGAUUCGGAAGCGCACUGUCUCUCUUCAUUUUAUCGAUUUGCAUACAUGCGGCUAACAUUUAUCCCGAAAAUAUUGUCAUCGUUUCUUUGCCGUUGUUCGCAUUGUUGAUGUACAUCGUAUUCGUUAGCUUCGGAUUGACUUCGUUGCCAUGGGCACUCUGCGGAGAGCUAUUUCCGGCGGAAACAAAGGGCAUCGGUGGAGCUGUCGGAGCUUGCGUCAAUUUCUUGUCGUUCUUCGUCGUGGUAAAGACGAGUCUCGAUAUGUUCGAACAUUUGGGUAGUAUUUGGACGUUUGCCACCUAUGGAAGUUUUUCACUGAUUGGUACAACCAUAGCGUUUUUCGUUUUACCAGAGACGAAGGGUAGGACGCUCAACGACAUCGAGAAAUAUUUCAAUUCAAAUACUUGAUGUAAAUAUUUCCUAGCC